UCCGCUAAGACUAUUGAUUAUCGCAAGAAGAGCACAGUGCGCCUGGUCGUUGUGUGAGACGUUGUCGGAUUGCCAAACGUCCCUCUUACAUUUCUGCGUUAUUUGACGAAUCUCCCACCUUUCGUGAGCCCUGCCACUGUGAAGACGUCACUCAGCGAGGUUUCAAUAGAACUAAAAUGAAAUGUUUUAACUUCAGGAUGAGUAGACUAACCAUGGUUGCAUAGAAAUAGAUGUAGUGACUUAGAACAUUUUAUUUUAUUAGAGUAGAGAGAGAAAAACUAUGCCAGAAUGCCCUUUGGAAAUUUUUUUAAAAAAGAAAAAAACAACUCACCUUCAGCAACCAUGACUAGCAAGGAAAUUAAGGCCAAGUUGGGCAUGAAGGUGGUGAUGGCCCAACAAAAUCCAGAGCCUGUUUACGAUCUCACUGAUUGCUACAUUGUUGAGCUUCCACCAGACACGUUUGUUAUGUGCAAGUUGUUACAGAAGACGAGCCUCCUUUUGAGAAACAAUAAUUUGUCAUCGUUAGAAAAGGGAGGAAAAUUACAUGAACUGUGUUCUCUUGAACUGUUAGACCUCAGUAAUAAUAAGUUAAGUCAUUUACCUGAAAGUAUCAGUAAACUUAAGAAGUUGAAAGUGCUGAAACUUAGUAAUAAUAAGAUAAAAACUUUACCUCAUUCAUUUUCUGAACUGAGAAAUUUGCAAGAGUUAUAUUUAUCUUCAAAUAGACUGUCCAAAGUGCCUACUUGCAUCUGUGCCUUGCCAAAUUUGCGAGUGUUAACGUUAAAAGACAAUAGUAUCACUGAGCUACCAAAAGAAUUUUGCAGUUUACAGAAAAGCCUGUGUUUAUUAGAGAUAGAUGCUGACAAACUACAGUCGCCUCCACCUGAUGUUGCUGAAGAAGGGGUGGAAGCUGUAAUGCGUCAUCUUUGCGAACAGCACGAAAUCGAGUAUGUGGGGCUCUCUGAGUCAGUUGAAGAAGAAUUUAGUGAAUCUACCUCAUCACAAGCUUAUGCAGGAAUGGAGACACCUGAGGAUGAUUUCACCCGCAAUUAUAUGCGUAAAAAGGAUGAGUUGUUACGAGCGCAGUUGGCUGCUGAAGAAGAAUUCCAGGCCAAAGAAAGAAAUCAGCUUGCAGAAGUCCUCAGGGACAUGAGUAAUAAUAAGAAACAUUUGUUAGAUGAACUGUCCCAAACUCCAGAGGAAGUCAUUGAAUAUGAAAAGAAAAAGCUGAGACUACUGCAGGAUCAGUACAAUGUCGAAGAAAGUUUACGUAAGGAGCAGGAAGAGCAGCUGCUGGUUUAUCUAGUAAUGUCAAAUACUAAAGAUUCCUUUGUGAAGGACUUGAGUGCACAACAGGCAGACAUAGAUGCAGAAGUAGAAGAUAUAGUUAACUCCAAAGAUAAAGAUAGGAAACGUUUACUAGAAGAUCUAACUGAAAUGGAGAGAGACACUGCAGCUGCUCUUCAUGAAUUACUUUCAUAUUCUGCAACAAAUAGUAAAAAUGAGGAGUUCCUCAAUUUAUUGAAUGAUCAAGAAAAAGAAAUGGAACUGAUGUUAUCUGGUAUUGCAGAAGCCUCUGCUGAACUGCGCAGUUCUGAGGUUAUUUCAGCAAUGCAAGCAGCACUGAUGGAGGAAGCGGCGACAGAAGCUAGACGCCAGGCAUUGCAGGAUGAGCAGUCUCUUCGUGUACUUGCACUUCUGGAGGAAAAUGAUCUUGUGAACACUCAUCUGGAAGGUGUCAUGACAUCACGAAUGGCUGAUCAGGAAGUUUGGGCAUCUACCCUCAUGGAAGAUGAAGCUGUCCAGGCAGAGGCUUUUAAGCUGUUACUUUUGAAGAAUGACUUGAAGCGCUGCAGUAUUUUAAGACAGAUCGGUCAGGUAGAAUAUGAAUUGGCCAAAUUAUCAUCCCUUGAAAUGAGGAAAAAGAAAUUUGAUGUAAAAUAUGGUUCAACCACAAUGUUGGAUCAACGAGCAACAUUAGCAGGUCUUUUGAAGUCUCUUUUGAAAGAGAAAAGUGAUCGUGAGGAAGAACUGAAUGCUUGGUUUGGCAAUCUGACAGAACUGCGUUCAUCAGACUGUAGCGAAGAAGAGUUCUGGCUUAUUCAGUAUCAGCGUUUACUUGCCAUGAAGCCUGCUGGGUUGGUUGAAGCAGAAGAACAACUGGAUCCUAGAAUCAGAGAAAUCCUCAGAGAUGCAAAUGCAGCAGACCUUAUCCCUGUGUUUGCCCGUCAUGGUAUCACCUAUGAGCAGUUGAUGGAGUUUACUGAGGAAGAGGCUUUGUCAAUGGAAAUUGGGCCUGCAACGUAUCAUGGCUUACAGCGUGCCCUUCAGAAUCACCUCGAAGAGGCCAAAUUGGGGAAUCCUUUAGCUUCAGCACCAAGCGAGAGUGAUUUGCCUUAUUCUCCAACAGCUCCAGACGUGGAACUGGAAGGAGAAGAAGGAGCAUCUGCUCCUGCUCUAGAAUUGGAUGACGAAACAAGACCCACUGCACCACAGUUUAUUGAAGCUGAAUGUGUAGUGUGUUUGAGCCUAAGCUGUGAGGUGAUCUUCUUGCCUUGUGGUCACAUGUGUGUGUGUGCCAAAUGUUGUGCACCUCUUUCUCUUUGUCCUCUCUGUAGGGGUCCUGUUCUCAGCAAGGUUUUGAAGACGUUUUAAAGAUUUAACAUUUUAUGUCUGGGAUUUAUUUUAUUAUUAUUAUUACUUUAUCUUUUUAUGCUUUUGACUUUGCCUGCUCCUCAAAAAUACCUAUGUAAUUGAGUAUUGUAAGUGCUUUAUGAAAGCUUUGGUAGUGAUAUGUAGAGUAUACAUAUUGCUCUAUUAUUCAGUUUUUUUUUAUUUGUUUCUGCCAUGGUUAGUUUGAAUUGUAAUUUUUUUAUAGGCUGUGAUACAAGCAAUGUUUGGUUAUACUAUUUUGUUUUUUCAGAUUGUCCCAUUGUUGGAAUGGAUCCCUUGCAAAAUGUACAAUUGUUAUUAAUAUAUAGCAUUAAGAAAGAGAAAUAUUUACAGUACAAUAGUGAAGCAAGAGGCUAUAUUGUUGAAGUGAAAAUAAAAAGUGUUUUAUGGUACCGAAGCUCCUAUCAUUAAGUGGUUUAUUGAAAACUGUGAAGGACAAUCUCAUUCUUUUAAGGAUGACCAUAAAAUUAGACCAUUUUCUUGUCUCUACAUCUGGGUUAUUAUAAAUACAUUUAAAAUCCUUAGUGUAUUCAUAAUGAAUUUCAAGCAUAUCUUCAAUAAUAUACCAGGAUUUACCCACAAGAAAAGGGUGUUAUUUUAUCCUCAAGUGUUUUAUGGUUUAAAUUGCCAUUCUAUAAGUUAUGUCCAACAAUGAAUCUUUUAUUUAUUUAUUUACGUAUCUAUUAUUUUUUAUUUUUUUAUUUAUUUAUUUAAUUUUUUUUUUGCAGAUUCUUCAUUUUUGGAAUUUGUUACUUCAUGAGAUUUGUUCCUUACUCUGUGAUUUUUUGCACAUAUAUAUGAAUUUUUUGCAUUUUAUUGUUACUUCACGACGAGAAUUUUGUUCCUUACUGUAUAUGAAUUUUGCAAAUACUAUACAUAUAGAUUUUUUUAACAUAUUAAAUGCAUCCAGCCCAAUCUCUCCUGUGGGAUAGUUUUGCUCUUUUGCUAUAAUUUGUAUUUUUUGUAUUUUUUUUAACUACUUUGACCUCAUUUUUCUGAAUGUUUAUGCAUAUAUACUCUAAUGUACAUGUCUCUAUAAAAACAAGGGAUUCAGUAAGUCCUCGGUGGAUAUUAAGUAUAUUUUGAGCACAAACUACUUUAAUAAAACUGGGAAAUUUAUUGGAAAUUACAGUAUUUUUAAGCAGUCAUAUAUAUCUCCAAAUCCCAGUCCUAAUGCAAAAUGUAAGACACUUUCUUUGAUACCAUAAACUAAUGGAACUGUAAUAUUCUAGUGGCAUACUCAAUUACUCAUACUGUUUGUGUAUUGUAGACAAUGCAUACUGAUAUCUCUCUCUCUCUCUCUCUCUCUCUCUCUCUCUCUCUCUCUCUCUCUCUCUCUCUCUCUCUCUCUCUCUCUCUCUCAAAAG